GGGUUAGGCUUCAUGAGCGGUGCAACAGCAUUUUCACUUUCAUUUUCACUGUGACGCAGAUCUUAAACCUUUAUCCAACCUCUCUGCUUAUUUCCUUAAGUUUUCGGAUAAACAGCUGACGCAGGGACUAAGUGAGGUUUCGCAGGGUUCGAGGACCGGCUGAUCAUGGAUCACAAAGGUGAACCCGAGAAACCACCCACAUCUAUUACACCUGCUGCCGAAAGCAACUUCUCCCAAGUCAUCUUCCCAAACGUGGAGAAAUUCUACCCUCCUAGAACUGAUGUCCAGUGUAAAUUCCAUAGAGCAGAAAGUCUUGUCUUCAACCCUAAAGAUUGGAUUGGAAUCUUUAAAGUUGGAUGGAGUAAUACUAGUGAAUAUUUCACCUGGAUCUCAGCAAGGACAAGAGAGGAUGAUAGCGUACUCUUCAAAGGAUAUUAUCUGCCCAGGGAUAAUGAGUUCUACCAAUUCUGCUAUGUGGACCACAAUGGAGAAGUCCGAGGAGCCAGCAUUCCUUUUCAGUUCUGUCACAACGUCCCAGAAGAUGAAAAUGAUGUCCUUAUGGUGACCACUGAGAUGGAGAUGAUGAUGAUAAAUGAAGAGAAUGCAGAACUUAAGAAAGCAGUAGAGAAGCUAACAGAGGAGAAAUCCCUUCUGCAAGAAAAAGUAUCCUCUCUGCAAAAUGAAAACCAGGCCCAGGCUGAAAAGAUCCAGAAUCUCCAAGAUGAUCUACGGAGACCUACAGAGACGACACAGAGGCUGGAGACUGAAAAUAUGGAGCUGACUGUCCAAGUCAAGAAUCUUGAGCAUGAGAAGGAGAUGAUGAGCGAAACUAUUCAAUCCUUAAACAUCGACCUGCAAAUGCUUAGGAACCAAGAGGAGAAACUGCUCUCAGAAAUAAAGGAGAUGGAGACGUUCAAGCACAACAUACAGGAAGAAAAGAAGCUUUAUCAGAACCUGCAAACCCGCAUAGAGUCUCUCGAUGAGGAAAGAGAAAAGCUGGGGUCAGAGCUGAGACGGUACAAAGAACAAGAACAAAAAUUACUUUCAGACAGGAAGGAGUUAGAAAAAUCCCUAGAGAAGUCAAUGGCUGAAAAGAAUCUCUUAAAGAGUGAAGCAGUGGCCAAGCAGAAGAUAGCGGAGAACUUUACUUAUACUGUAAAUCAAUGUAAAGAAGAGAAUGUAAAACUGAAGGCAGAACUUGAAUUGCAGGCAUGUGCACUGGAAAAAGAGAAGAAACAGAAAGAGAAUCUAAGGCAAUUACUGGAUAAAGAGGUGAAGAAAGUUAUUGAUCAAGAACGCAAUAUGGCACAAAAUACUGAAAAGCUUAGAGCUGCAGAAGAGACAUUGAUCGGCUUUAGCAAGCAGAUAGAUUCACUUAAGGCUGAAAAUGAAAAUAAAAUGAAACAAAUGGGAAUGCUACAUUUAACUAUUGCUAGUUUGGAGGGUGAGGUGAAAAGGAUGAAAGAAGAGUGCAAGAGCAAGAUGGAAGCAGAAAGGAGAGCAAGAGAAGCGAGAACACGAAUCCGAUCUACCGAAGAGAAGAUGGAGGACUUGGAGCUGCAACUGGCUAAGCAGCAGGACACGUGUAGACAACAGGGAGAGGAAAUACUUACGCUAAGAAACGCUCUGGAACUCCGCGAAGAAGAAAUUCACGACAUGAAGGAUUUACAUAAGAGGAAUCGUACAGAAAUAGAUGAACUCCAUGGCCGUUUGUUAGGCAGGGGGCCUGGCACUUCAUUGUCUUCAAGCUUGAUUUUUGGGAAUCCAUAUGAAGGAAAUAAUCCUCAUUUCUCAAGGGAGUAUGGAUCAAGCUCUACGAGCAGAGGACCUCCGAGUCCUUUAUCUUGUCCUAUAUGUCAAGAGACAUUUUUGCCUCAUGAACGUCAGAUAUUGGAAGAUCACGUGAUGUGCCACUGUGAAGAUGAAGCCCGGCCAUAAGCCUUUUAUCCGAAAGAGCUUUUUACGUCAUGUUUGAGUGACUGCUAUCCAGUCAGCUCUAGUCAUAAAGGGAGUGCAGGGGGAAGUCCUGGCGGGAGGAGGGAGCAGAGUGAAACAGAACUGUGGUGUCCAUACCCCCCCCUGACUGGAUCGCAGUCACUUUCGUGUGCCAUACAAUAUAUACAAUAUAUUCCCCAUUGCAGUGUUUCCCAACCAGUGUGCCUCCAGCUGUUGCAAAACUACAACUCCUAGCAUCUUAAUUGGGAAACACUGCCCCCUAGUGCUUGCCUGUUUUAUCGCUCUGCUCCAUUAGAAUAAAACCAUGAUCUGUGACUGCAGGCCCCAAAUAGUCGCCCCACUGGACCUAGUUAACAUGUUAUUAAGGGGCAGUAUACAGUAGGAAUUAAAGGUUUACAGGGAAAUAUAGAGAAUUCCGUACAACAAAUGGUUAAAUCUAUAUACAAAUAAAACUUAAAGCGUAACCCCAGCAGCAAAAUAUCGGUUUUGAAUCUCUCAGCAACUUCGAAAUUAAUUUUUUUUUCCAGAUUUUUCUCCUCUAGCGGGCUGUGUUUGAUUCAUCAUUUUGUCUUUUUUAUUUUUUUUUAUUUGUGACAGUAAAAAGGGGUAGAAAAGAAAAAAAAAAGAUUCUGUUAGGGUAGGGUCACAUGUGCCGUUUUCCCUGCGUAUUUUCUGCAGCCGUUUUUUGCUACCCAUUGACUUGAAUGGGUAGAAAAAUACGCAGCAAAAUACAGCACGUGACCUUGGCCCAAAGCAGUAUUUUCCAACCUGUGCGCCCCCUGUUGCAAAACUAUAACUCCCAGCAUGCCUGUCAUGUCAUGUCCUGUCAUGAUCCUGUACAGCAGUGUUUCCCAAUCAGGGUUCAUCCAGCUGUUGCUAAACUACAACUCCCAGCAAGCCCGGACAGCCUUUGGGUGUUUUGCAACAGCUGGAGGCGCACUGCGUUGGGAAACACUGUUUUAAAGUCUAAAUGUUGAGUUGGUUGUAGAUACAAAUCAGCUAUAAAUAUGUGGUGAAUAUAUAUUUUUGCAUCACAAAGGGUUAAUUUCUAACACAGUAAAUAUAUAUCUUAAUAAACUGUAUAAUAAUAUUAGAAUGUUGUCCUGAUUUGUCCAUAAAAAAGAAUAUUUUGUUACAGGGGUUUUCCAGGAAUAGAAAAACAGAGCUUAUUGUUUCCAAACACAGCACCCCCUCCCCUGUCCCCAGGUUGUGUGUGGUAUUACAAUUUGGCAAUACCACACACAACCUAAGGAUAGGAGUGGCACUGUUUUUGGUAAAAAUCAGCUCUGCUUUUCUAAUCCUCUUUAUAAUCUUUGAACCUCAGUGGCCUAUGUGGUCUUUGGGGAGGAGGGUAUUUAUCAUAAGGUUUAGAGCCCCUAAAGGGGUACUCCGGUGGAAAAUGCUCCAGACAAAGUUGUAUAGUUCUUUUCCCUCUUACCACAGUGCUCUCUGCUGACACCUCUGUCCAUGUCAGGAACUGUCCAGAGCAAGAGCAAAUCUCCAUAGCAAACAUUUCCUACUCUGAACAGUUCCUGACACAGACAGAGUUGGCAGCAGAGAGCACUGUGGUCAGACUGGAAAGAACUACACAACUUCCUCUGGAGCAUACAGCAGCUAAUAAGUACUGGAAGGAUUAAAGAGGUACUCCACUGGCCAGCGUUCGGAGCAUUUAGUUCCGAACGCUGUGCGUGCGCUGCGGGGGUCUGCCAUGUCCCCUUGUGCCAACUAAAUGUUCCGAACACUGGACAGUAGAGUACCCCUUUACGAUUUUUAACCCCUUCCUGCAAAUGGACGUAUGUGUACGUCCACUGUGGCCUCCCACCGGGACCCACGACUAAUGACGGACAUUGCCGAUCGGGCUGAUUGACGCUUUAGAUGCUACAAUCAAAGUUGUCUAAAAGCGGUUAAUUCCAUUCCCGGCUAGCUCAGUGGGCUGAUCGGGACUGCUGCGGCAUCCCGAUCAGCUGAAAGGUCGGGGGGAGGUCUCCUACCUUCCUCCCUGCCGUCCGUUCGGUGCUCCAGGCUUGCAUUCAGCUUUGCCAGGCUGAAGCAAUGGAGCACCGAUAACACUGAUCAAUGCUCUCCUAUGGAGAAGCAUUGAUCAGUGUAUGCAAUCCAAAUAUUAAAUGUUAAAGUCCACUAUGGGGACAAAAAAAAGUGUAAAAAAAAUAAAAAUAAAUAAAAUAAAUAUGCAUUAACCCCUUCCCUAAUAAAAGUUUAAAUCACCCCCUUUCCCCAUUUUUCAAAUAAAAAAAAAAGUAAAAAAAUAAAUCGGCAGCUCUAAAAAUCUACAAAAUUAUGUUUUUUUUUUCAAUUUUGUUCCGGAUGCUGGGGAGCGGAGUAACCCUUUAACUUUCUGGAACCAGUUAAUUUUAAAGACUUUUCAGCUAAGGAGAUAUUUUAGAAAGUGGCUAGCUUAAACACUUUUGUCCUCUUUUCUUUGCAGUGAUCU